AUGGCGGCCGGCAACGCAACCCAGAUGGCGAACACAAAACCGGCACCAACGCCACUGAUUGCACCCCCACAGAGCCUAGAGGCGAUACUGAACCGCUUCUGGGACACAAUCAUGAGGCGGCAACAAGCAGCCCGACCCAUGACACUUGCACCCCUGACGAAGGGUGAGCGGCACCGCGGAUGGCG